CAGAGGACUGAAGUGGUGAAAGAAAUGCUACUGGGUGAUGGGUUUUAGCAGCCCUAAAGGGAUUUCUUUCUUCCAUGGAGGCGGAGGCGCCAGGCUUGCCGCUAGGAUCCACUACCACCGUUCGCUACAGCCAGCAUUUCGAAAAGGCAAGCGAUUUGAAGCUACUAGAGGUUGAUGAAAGCGUCGUGCAAGAGCUUCUUCAAUCCAGGUACACAGAUCUUUCUCUCUGUUUUCUUCGUCGCUGGAAGUUCACUCUAUCUUUCUCUGUUCUUGCCCUUGGUUUUUACAGGCUGAGCAUAAAAGGAGGUGUGGAGGAGGAGGCGGUUCUUUGCACUUCCAGGACGACAUACGCUCUAAAGUUCGUCUCGACUUCCAACACAAUGCUGCUGGUUCCUCCAGGAGAAGCUGGCGAUGGUGGAAGUGGCGGCGCUCUUGACGUGAUUGCCACGGCGGGAGGACAUAUGGAGCUUGUGGAGAUAGCUCCCAGAAUAGAUCAACUCAAGGUACUCGUCGGUUCUAGGCCUUACACGGAAGACAGCGAGAACGAGACCGUAGAUGGUCUUUACUCGUGGGAAGAUUUGCUGGACAGCGUCCAGGCAAGCGAAGAGCAGCUCAAGGAUGGGCUUAGAGCUCUUGCUGCAGCGGAAAUAGGUGGUUUUUGGAGGACUGUGGAUCCGAAGUACACGAAGGGACUGCUAGAGAUGAUCCUGGUGACUGCCAUCCAACAGGACUGGAGUUUGAGCUUGCUGCCGCUGGAAGAAUUGGUGGCUGUGCUCGAGGGCGAUGGAUACCCGGCUCAGCUAGUCCGGCACUGCGUAGCAACUUUUGGUGUGGAGGAGCCAUCGUCCUCUUCGUGGAAGCUGGACGAGAAACGGAUCUGUUUGCACUACGCGAGGGAGCUCUUGUCGAGCACAGGGAGAUGGAAGACGAACGAGUUCCUUGAAGCGUGGCAAAGAGCACUGCCGCCGGGAAUGAAAGAAGAGCUGGAAAUGCUCCGGGGUGAGGCGCUGGUUACCAGGCUUGGGUCCGACUCGUGGCUGCACCGCUUUAGCUCGUCCUCUCUGCCUACGCAACCGGAUGCUCGAUUUGCAGCCUUGUUCAAGGAAAGAUCGAAGUGGGAGUGGAACGAUCUCGAGCCUUACUUGAGGGACGUGAGGAUCCCAGGACAAACUGUGGAGUCGAUGCUGCUGAAGUAUACAAGGAAGAUACAGCCCUCUGCCGAUGCUCGACCCAUCUACACUCCACGAUAGACCAUGAGUUCAUCGCAAAACUUCG